AUGCACAUAGCCCGCCACGAUCUCGGCCUGGCCCUGGCUGCGGCUGCUAUCACGGCCCGCGUGGAGGCGGCCUUUACCGAACUCGAAACUUGCUUUGGUGUCUCGUCCAGCAAUGUUGCCAACUUCCUAGGAAUCCCUUUCGCGGCCUCUACUGCUUACCAGAAUCGUUGGAAGGCUCCCCAGCCCAGGCAACCAUGGAAUGAGACUCUGAUCGCCGACACAUGGGGUGCCCCCUGCCCCAGCCGGGACAAUGCAGGCUACAGCGAGGAUUGCCUGAACCUCAACGUGUGGACGUCAGCCAACUCCUCGACCGACAAACUCCCCGUGAUUGUCUGGAAUCAGGGCUCCGACGAGACCUCCGAUAAUGCAUGGUGGUACGGUGGUGGAAUGGCCCUGCAGCAUGAUAUCAUUGUCGUGACCUUCAACAGUCGUGACGACGCCUUUGGAUUUUUGGCCCACCCGGACCUGAACGCCGAGUCUCUUGCUGAGAACGGGCACAACUCGUCCGGAAACUGGGGUAUUCUUGACCACAAGGCAGCCCUGGAGUGGGUCCAGUCCAACAUCGCCAACUUUGGUGGCGACCCAGACAGAGUUACCAUCAUGGGCCAGUCCUUCGGCUCUUCCCAGUCCGGCAUUCACUACCCGACCAACCCAUGGAUUAACGGCCUUGCCACAUCAUACGUUAACAUGUCCCGCGCUCUCGAACACGGUGUCAACUACACCACAAACCACAACGCCACCAGCAUCGCUGAAUUGCGAUCCGAGAGCGUUUCUGUCGAAGCCCUGCUCGAGGGGUCCCAGGAUCGUGUCGGCACCGACGACAUGUGGUGGGUGACUGCCGUCAGCGCCGGCUACCCCCUGAUCUUCAAGCCCGUGCUGGACGACUACGUCCUACCCGAGAAGUACAUGGACCAGCUGCUCCAGGGCCCCGCCAACGAUGUACCUCUGAUCACGGGCGGCACUCACGACGAGAACGGCGCAUCCCCGACGAACUCUUACGAAGCUUCCUAUGUCGACGAGGUGUGCGCGCUCAAAUGGGGCGACCUGUCGUCGCAGUACUUCAACCUGUACCCUACGGGAAACACAACAACAUCCGCCAACGCGGCAUGGAACCUCGCCACCCUCGACCUGGGCACCGUCUCCCAGUGGAUGUACGCGACCGACCGCGUCGUGCGCUCCAACGCCACCGCGCCGAUGUGGACGUACCUCUGGGACCACGCGCCCCCGGGCCAGGAGCAGGGAGCCUUCCACCAGUCCGAGAUCAUGUACGUGCUCAACGCGCUGUAUGCGAACAGCGACACCUACCCUUUUGUCGAUGACGACUUCUACAUCCAGAGUAUGGUUUCUGCCUACUGGGCCAACUUUGUCAAGACGGGUAACCCCAAUUUUGGCGACUCGUAUGGCAGCACGAAUGCCAGCCUGCCCUACUGGGCGCCCAACACCGCCGACACCAAAAGCAUGUUCAACAUUGGUGACUCUUUCCGGAACAUCAGCCUUGCCGUUUCCGAUGCGAAGGUUUCUCUGAUCCAGCAGUACUAUGCCCAGCAGAGUGCUUUCUAG